AUGGCCAGCGUUGAGGUUUCAGCUGCUCCAUCAAUUCCAGAGACUGAGGUACCUGUGGUGACCAAGACUGAGGAUCAGAAAACCACAGAAACUGUACCACCAACUGCCUCUGAGCCAGUAGCCGAAGAACCAACCAAAGCAGUGCCUGCUGAUGCUCCGGCCGCAGAACCGGAAGCUGAACCUGCAGUUGAGGUUGAAACCAAGGACGUUGCAGUAGAACCAGCAAAAACUGAGCCUGAAGAGGUUGCAGCAGCUCCAGCUGUAGAAGAGACUCCCGAGGAGACUCCUGCAGAGACUGUUACGGAGGAGCCCAAAAAAGAGACCGAGGAGAAGGUAGCACCUGCAGCUCCUGUCAAGGAAGAGAAACCAGCAGAAGAAGAGAAGCCAGCUGAGAAACCAGCUGCUGAGACAACCAGCACAGAUGUUCCAGUCGAUACUCCUGAGAAGUGA